AAGGUUCUUGGACCAGACCAUCCGGACACCCUAACAAGUCUCGGCAGCCUAGCCAAUGUGCUAGAAUCCCAAGGAAAGCACGAUGAAUCGGAGGCGAUGAAUCGGCGUGCACUGGAGGGUUAUGAGAGAAUUCUUGGACCAGACCACCCGGAUACCCUAAUAAGUGUUAGCAAUCUCGCUAGUAUGCUUCAAAGCCAACGAAAGUUCGAGGAAUCAGAGACGAUGAACCGGCGUGCAUUGGAGGGGCGCAGUAAGAUCCUUGGACCCGACCAUCCCAAAACC